UAGAUUCUAACAUCCCCUUGUAAUUAUUGCAAGAACCAUUUACCAGCCCCUUAUAAAGUUGGAGAACCACCCUCACUCAGUCCCUCCCCUCCUCCAACGCCCUCCUCACUCAGUGGCUCCUCUCCUCCGGCGCUGCCCAUUUCUACGCCUCUCACACAGAGUUCCUUUUUCAGCAAAGAAAUGAUGUCUGCAGAUGCCAAAAAAACCCUGGUGUUCAUUCCUUUCCCUAUAAUGAGCCACCUGGUGUCAGCAGUAGACUUUGCCAAGCUCCUUGCCGAUCGAGACAACCGUCUCUACAUUACCAUCCUAAUUAUGAAGCGGACCGUGGACACCAAGAUCAGUUCCUACACUACCAAAUCACCCCACCCUCAGAUUAACUUCCUACAACUGCAAGAAAACAAGUCCGUCGCAUCAGGGUCGAUGGGAGACAAGAACUGGGCAUUUCUGUUCGCGGAGAGCCAUAAGGGUCUGGUCAGAGAUGUUGUGGCGGAGAUGAUGGAAAGCCAGAAAGGGAAACUUGCUGGGUUCGUGCUCGACAUGUUCUGCACUCCCAUGAUUGAUGUGGCGAAUGAGCUCGGCGCCCCGGCUUACAUCUUCUUCCCCAGUGGAUCAGCUACUCUUGGGCUUAUGUUUCAUCUCCAGAGCUUGAGAGAUGAUCAUGGCAAAAACAUGAAAGAGUAUGAGGAUUCAGAUGAGAAGAUCUCUAUCCCAACUUAUGUUAAUUCAGUACCUGCAAAAGUGUGGCCUAUUAAAGUAUUCGACAAUGAAACUGGUUUUCUAGAAUGUGCCAGAAGGUACAGAGAGACCAGAGGGAUCAUAGUAAACACCUUUCUUGAAUUCGAGCACCACGCAAUUAGCUCGCUAUCUGCUGAUGCAAGAGUCCCACCGGUUUAUCCAGUAGGGCCAAUGAUUCAAGGGGGAGGUGAAGAAAAUGAGGAGAACAAGCGGAAGCAUGAGGAGAUCAUUGCGUGGCUGGACAAACAACCCCAUUCAUCAGUCUUGUUUCUCUGCUUUGGAACCCGAGGUAGUUUCGAGGGCGAUCAGGUAAAGGAAAUUGCUACUGCGCUGGAGAAGAGUGGAGUCCGGUUUCUGUGGUCGUUGAGAAAGCCACCUCCUGAAGGUACAAUUGAGUUUCCAGGGGAAUAUGAGAACCCUGAACAAGCAUUGCCAGAAGGGUUCCUCAGAAUUACUACUGGAAUCGGGAAGGUGAUCGGUUGGGCACCCCAGAUGGCUGUGCUGUCUCACCCUGCUGUGGGAGGAUUUGUGUCGCACUGCGGGUGGAACUCGACUCUGGAAAGUGUGUGGUGUGGAGUGCCUAUGGCAGCAUGGCCGCUGUUUGCAGAGCAGCAGGUCAAUGCGUUCCAGCUAGUCAAAGAUUUUGAAAUGGCCAUUGAGAUCAAGAUUGACUACAGGAAGAAGGAUGGUGGUGAGAUUGUGGCCGCAGGAACGAUAGAGCGUGCAAUCAGGCAGCUGAUGGACCCGGAGAACAAGAUUCGACUUAAGGUGAAAGAGGUGCAUGACAAGACUAGAGCGGCCCUAGUAGAAGGAGGCUCGUCCUAUAACUUCUUAGGUCGUCUACUCGAAGAUAUCAUGGAUAAUGCUCAUUGAAGUUUAGCCUGUCUGGUGAACAGCUUUUGCAAGAAGCUAAAACAGUAUUUCCUGAAUCACAGUCUUGUUUUAAAUUAUAUGAAUUGAAUGCACUUUGGCGAA